CGCCCGCCCGCCAGCACUGCAGCAGAGGCAGAGAGGACUGCGACGUGGAGCCCACACAGCCACUUCGUUCCGCCCCUCCUCUGGUCUGUCACGCUCGGCGACUCCUCCGGGAGCAUCCUCGCUCCCUCCCGCCCCGCAGCACCGCGCCGAGGCAGCAGGCAGCGGCCGGCAGCCGGGAGCGCCCCGCAGCCCGGCGGCCGCCGCUCUCCCCGGGCUGGCCCCACCGCGCCGGCCCGGCCCCGCCGGUGCUGUGUUAGAGCUUCAUAUGUUCUUGGGCUUUUAGUAUUGAUGUCCUAUACAAAGUAGGUAUUCCAAGCAGUAUUUGGCAGGUCUGUCUGCAGUAGGACAGCAAUCUUUGAUUCAAGAUGGAAGAAACAUACAGAGAUAGGACUUCACUAGUGAAAGGGGCAAAAGAUAUUGCCAAAGAGGUGAAGAGACAAGCUGUCAAAAAAGUGAAUAAAGCUGUUGACAAGGCUCAGGAUGGCUACACCCAGAGGUCCUACAACCGAUUCCAGGAUGAGGAAGAUGAUGAUGAUUACUAUGUCCAAGGAGGAAAUUAUGGUGUAGAAGCUAAUGAUGAUGAAGGAUCAAGUGAAGCAACUGAAGGACAUGAUGAAGAUGAUGAAAUUUAUGAAGGGGAAUAUCAAGGAAUCCCCAACAUGGGGCAGGGUAAGGAUGGCAUGGUGGCCUUAGGGCAGCCUAUGCGUGAUGAAUAUAAGGAUCGUCAUGAACUGGAAACAGAGAGGAAAGCUGAUGAAGAAGAGCUAGCACAGCAGUAUGAACUGAUAAUUCAAGAAUGUGGCCAUGGUCGUUUCCAGUGGGCCCUCUUCUUUGUUUUGGGAAUGGCCCUAAUGGCUGAUGGAGUUGAAGUUUUUGUGGUUGGAUUUGUGUUGCCCAGUGCUGAGACAGAUAUGUGUAUACCCAAUUCUGGAUCAGGAUGGCUUGGUAGCAUAGUGUACCUUGGGAUGAUGGUGGGGGCAUUCUUCUGGGGAGGCUUGGCAGACAAGGUGGGAAGGAGACAGUCACUCCUGAUAUGCAUGUCUGUCAAUGGAUUCUUUGCCUUCCUUUCAUCAUUUGUCCAGGGCUAUGGCUUCUUCCUCUUCUGUCGCUUGUUUUCUGGAUUUGGGAUUGGUGGAGCUGUUCCAACAGUCUUCUCCUAUUUUUCGGAAGUGCUUGCUCGGGAGAAACGAGGUGAACACUUGAGUUGGCUCUGUAUGUUUUGGAUGAUUGGCGGUAUCUAUGCCUCUGCAAUGGCUUGGGCAAUAAUUCCUCAUUAUGGCUGGAGUUUCAGCAUGGGCUCGGCCUAUCAGUUCCACAGCUGGCGAGUAUUUGUGAUCGUCUGUGCGCUGCCCUGUGUCUCUUCUGUAGUAGCCCUCACCUUCAUGCCAGAAAGUCCUCGGUUCUUGCUGGAGGUUGGUAAGCAUGAUGAAGCCUGGAUGAUACUCAAGCAAAUCCAUGACACAAACAUGCGUGCUCGCGGACAGCCUGAAAAAGUUUUCACAGUUAACAGAAUCAAAACUCCAAAACAGAUAGACGAGCUCAUAGAAAUUGAGAGUGAUACAGGAACGUGGUACAGGAGGUGUUUUGUUAGAAUUCGCACAGAGCUAUAUGGCAUUUGGUUGACAUUUAUGAGGUGUUUCAACUACCCGGUGAAGGAUAAUACGAUCAAACUUACAGCUGUAUGGUUCACCCUGUCUUUCGGCUACUACGGCUUGUCUGUUUGGUUUCCUGAUGUCAUUAAACAUCUGCAGUCAGAUGAGUAUGCAUCCCGAGUCAAAUAUUUUCGCAAUGAGGAGGUCUCAAAUUUUGUCUUCAACUUCACAUUGGAAAAUCAGAUUCACAGCAAUGGAGAAUACAUCAAUGACAGGUUUAUUAUGAUGAAGUUUAAAUCAGUAACCUUUGAAGAUUCCCUUUUUAAGAACUGUGUGUUUGAUGACAUUACUUCACUGAACACGUACUUCAGGAACUGUACUUUUGUGAAUACCACCUUCUACAACACAGAUCUCGAGCAAUAUAAAUUUGUUGACAGUGAAUUUAUAAAUUGCACAUUUUUCCACAUCAGGACAGGAUGCCAGAUCUCUUUCGAUGAUGACUAUAGUGCCUACUGGAUUUACUUUGUUAACUUCCUGGGAACGUUGGCAGUGUUGCCCGGAAACAUUGUGUCUGCUCUUCUGAUGGAUAGAAUUGGACGUUUGACAAUGCUAGGUGGUUCCAUGGUUCUUUCUGGCAUAAGCUGCUUUUUCCUGUGGUUUGGGACCAGUGAAUCCAUGAUGAUAGGUAUGCUUUGCCUCUACAAUGGUCUCACCAUCUCAGCGUGGAACUCCCUUGAUGUCAUUACUGUGGAACUGUAUCCUACAGACAGAAGGGCAACAGGCUUUGGCUUUUUGAAUGCACUAUGCAAAGCAGCAGCUGUACUUGGAAACUUAAUAUUUGGUUCCCUUGUUGGUAUAACCAAAGCAAUCCCUAUUCUCCUUGCUUCUACGGUUCUAGUAUGUGGAGGUCUGGUAGGACUUCGGCUUCCUGACACAAGAACCCAGGUGUUGAUGUAACUGGAAAAAGCCAUUUUAUUAUUUAUUUCCUUCUUUGUACAAAUGUCAACUCUCCUGACUGGCGGUGCAAAGGCUUCAGAUUCUCAACACUUAGCAGGGUGCUCAGAUGGCAAAAAUCAAACACAAAACAAGAUACUAUGGAGUGGCGGAGAUUUAGAAACCUCCAUCUGAAAGUUUUAAAUUUCUUAUUUUUGUUUGCAUACUUCGCUAUUUAAAACAACUUAACUUCAAACUGCAAAGCUACCUCUUAAAACAUUUUCAGAGUUAUGUCCAGGAAGGUAAAAACCAUACCAUAAUUAGAUAUUUAAAAUAUUUAAAAAUCAGUCAUUAUUUAAAUAUACAUACUAAAUUUGGCCAUGGCAUUGUGAGCUUUUGUAAAAAUACAGACCUGCAAGUCAAUUACUUACCAGUACUGGUGCAGAAAAAGCUAAUCUUACAUGUAUCAAUGUAUGCAGCAUUAUCAGGAAACUGUAUUGCCUGCAUCAGUAUUGAGUGGCUAUAUUUAAAUGGUGGAAACUUCCUGCAUUCUCAGAAAGAGGCACAGGCAGGCUUUAGCAGCAGCGGUGCCUCUUUCUUGGGAAACCAUUUUAUGUAGAUUUGAUCUGGAGUAAAGAUUAUUAACUGUACCCCAUAUUUGCUGAGGAGGGGGUAACAACUACUACAAGGAAGAACAGAGCUCAUAAAGGUGCACAAAAAAGAGAAUAAUAAAAUAAACACUUUCACUUUUUGCCACUGGUCCUCUAGAAAUUGUUUGUUUUCUACGUGCUUGUGGGCAUCUGCAAUAUUUUUGUCAUUUUUAAAACAGUGAAUUUGUCUUUCUCCAUAAGUGAAUCUAUGAAAACCAAUAUCUAUGUAAUUGUAAGUAUGAAUAAAGGGAGAAUCAGGCCAGUGAAUUAUAUGAAAAGUAAGAUACUUUCAGAAAAGUGCUUUUACUAUUUAACCUUUUAAUUUGUAUUUCUUUGUCAUAGAAUGGUUAUAAAAAUAAGUGCUAAUAGAGUGCCACCUACUUAAUGUAGUUAGGUGAAAACUUCAAUAUAUAGUAUAAUUUAAUUAAACACUCUCAAAACAAAUGUAUUGGGUUUUUUUGAAAACAGUAGCAAAACAAAGAAAAGCAAUAAUACAAACACCUUAAUAAUUUUCUCACUUUAUACACUCUGUCACAUAAUCAUUUACUCAGCUGAUUUGUAAUAGUUCUGGAGAUACCUCGCCAUUUAACACUUUCAUACAUCUCUCAAGAAGGCUAUUAAGAAAGAGGCCAUGCUAGGGCUGUGGGGAGUGGUAAUGCAUACAUUCCUUCCAAGCCAUACAACAUGGACUGUGUCCUGGAUUAUAACAAAUCGUUCCCUACUAGUCCUGCUUCCUUAUGAAAGACUACUGGAUCACUUUAAAAUGUUAGCAUUAAAAAUUAAAUAAAGAUACUUCUAUAAAAUUAGCAGAAAGAAGGGGCAGAUCCUCUGAUGACAGAAACUGUCACUGCUUUCAGUGGAGCUAAAAAAAUUUGUAUCAGCUGAUGAACCAUCUGCAGUUUCAAGUUUCAACAAACAAAUCUGAUAUACAUAAAGGAAAAUUUAUCAGUAUUUUUUCAAAUUAUGUCUGACAGCUUUUGUCAGGUGGCUGAAUCAUUGCCAAAGAAAUUAGCCUUUCAGAUAAGGUCAUCAUAUAGUAACAUAUAUUUUGCAUGAAUUUUUUUCUGUCUCAUAUAGGAUGAUUACUUACUAUUAGGCAGUAAUAUCUAGUACUGCCUUCUGUGUGAGUCAUCAUCACAGUCUUACUAGAAGAGUCAGAAAAAGACAGUCCACAAAAGAAGACCAUUCAUUAUAUUUGAAGUUCACUAUUUUUAUUUACUGAAUCUAGAAGUUAAAUUUCAGUUAUGAACAAAUGCCUGUGCUAAAUAGUAGCAUCAAAAUAUUAGCCAAGAAUGUGUUUUUCUGCUAUUAACAAAUGAGAAAAGUAGUUAAAUUAAAAAGCACGAGUACUCAAAAUUUGUGGGCAUUUUUUCAUGUUGAUAAUUUAAAUAUUGUAUAGUAAGAAACAAAGUUUAGAAAGUAUGCUUAUUUUACAAUAUAUAGUCCAAAUUUUUGAGAUAAGAUAUUUUAAAUAUAAAUCUGAUUUAUGCAUGUCUUUUAAAUUUCCCAACUGUGUUUAAAAGAAAAAGAGAGGAAGAAUUAUUUUUCACCAAGUUCCAAGUUAAGAACAAAAUGCCAUACUUAGUUUUGCAUGUAUGGCUUUUGUCUGCUUGUCACAGUCCUAGUAUUAUUUCAAGGCUGUUUUACCCAAUGAGCAUUAUAUUUGACUUUGGCCCUGCUUCUCUGUGCCGUUCAUUAGUAGUAUGUGUCCACCUCUUUGUACUUACUGCACAUCUUAUUUUGAAAUCUGAAGCCUCUGCACGUGUUUGGAGUCAACAUCAACGCAAUGGAAAAUUACAUUGUCAUGCUAUGCACUGUCCACUUGAAGUAGUAUAUUCUGUCCAUCUCUGUAUGUAAUACUGAGGAACAGCCAGAUCCAAUACAUCAUGCCAUCUGACCAGUGUGGAGGUGAUGGGGCACAGGAAAAAAAGGUUCAACUUUUGAGGGCUCCACUUCAAGACUAAUAUGCUAAAAUCUUCUUACAUGUAAAAUUAUGCUGAUUUCAAUAUUGGUUCUUAUACUAAAUCCUGGCCACAUCAUAAGUAUGUGAUUAAGUCUGGAUAUAGUGAAGCUAGCAGCAUGAGAGCCUGUGCUUGGAAUAUAGCAGCAGCAGGGAGCAGUAAAGACAAACAAAAUGCUGAACAUCAUGGACCUUGCAUGGUCCAGGAUUAGAGCAAAUGCUCUAAGACAGGAGAAGGAAAAAAGGAAGAAAGGAGAAUAGCAGGUAGGAGAGGAGAGGAAAGGUAAACAGAAGAGAAGAACAAAGAUUAAAAAAUCCCUGUACAUUGCCAACACAUUAAGCAAAACCUAAGGCUAGAAUUUCCCCUAACUGGUGAGCCAGUUGGCUAAACAGAUUUGAGCUAGUGCGCAAGCCAGUAUGAAAGCUGUUUGGACAAUCAAGUAGUUCAGGCUUGAGUGCAGUAAAGAUGUAUCCCGUAAAGAGAAAAGGAGUGAAUGCAAUUUCAGGCUAUGAAUAGUUGGUUACAGUCCACAGGCUGGAACACAAGUAUUUAAUCUGUGGAGAUCUGGGCCCAAAUGUUACUUAGGUUAUAGGCAAAAGUGAUUUGGCUGGUCUCUAGUGAAUAUGUGUCUUUCUCCUGCUUCUUCUUCUUCUUCUUCUUCUUCUUCUUCUUCUUCUUCUUCUUCUUCUUCUUCUUCUUCUUCCAGCUUCCAAAGCAACUCAGGUAAUAAAUACUGGACAACAGGAAUUUCACUUCCUUUCUAUCUCUAUUCAUUAUAUCUAACACAAAGGGUCACUUAGUGGCCUGUUUAGAUCCCUGAUAUACUUAUGAUAUACAGGUUGUUUGCACAUACAUUCAAAGGAGGAUGCCGUGUACUGCUGUGUAUGGCAACGCAACUACAUUAUAUACACACAGAGAACUAAACUUGAUUGUGUUUGUGUAUCAGAGCUGUCAAGCACAUAGAGUCGGAGCUUCCUGUUUGUCUGUCGUGGUCACUGAACUGAGUGACCACUGGUUGGAAACUUCUUUCAGUCUAAAUUGAAGGAAGAUACAAGGUCUCUAGUGCCCUUGAGCUGUAAAGCUCAGAGGCUCACCACAGUGGCAACAGUGAUACAAAGUACAGUGGCCCCUGAAGAGAGAGAAGUCUAACAGCAUUUACUGUAGUAUUAAUCAAGCUAGUGUAAUGUUUUAAAUUUAAAAACUGUCAACAGAAGAGACCGCGUUUCAACUUUUGCCAAAGAAAUUUUAUUUUCAUUAGUUUUACUCAUGACAGAUUGUUGGGUAGUAGAGCUUGACUUAACAGACUCUUAUUUCUUCAAAGCAUCUCAUUCAUUGUGUUGGUACAUUUUAACCAGGUUGGCUAUGUUCUUGUUAGUACCCUGUCACUUGGAAGCAUGCUCUACAACAUUUGAUAUGUGUGGCAUUGAUCGCUGAGCAGGGACUGCUGGCAAGGGAAUCAGGACUACGUGUUCAUGGUUUCAGGAGUGCUGAAGUGGAUUGCUUAGGAAUGACAUGUUGGGAAGCCUUCUUCCUCUAUGCUUGACUUCAGUCAGUGCCCUUCCAGAGCUGUAUAUUGCAACAUGUAGCCACAGAAGAAAAAGUGUUAGCCCUCCUUCCUGAUGGCUCCAGUAGCCUAUUAUUUGCUUAUUGUCUUAGCAAAAUGGGACAGCAUAAGACUGCUAACUCAAGCUCCACUCUCUUUUUCUUCACGCUUACCUUUCCGUUUAUUUCAUCCCAAAUUGCUUUUCUGACCAGAGGUCUGCUGUUAAAGACAGUUACAGCUCAUUCUUCAUGCUCUCAGUUGCUUUUGACUUCAUAGUAACAUUGAGUAGCAAGGUUUGCCACUUAGCUUUUGCAGUUGGGUCAUCCUUUUUUAAACCAAGAUGUAAAACAAACUCAGAAGUCCCUCAGACAAUCUCACUUUUGUGAAGCAGCCAGAAUCCACGUUUCCUUUCAUAGCCAGAAGGCUGAACUAAUACAAGGAGGAGCCUCUUGUCAAAAUGACCCUUGUUUAGCUCCAUCAGCUGCUGCUGUGUGGUGACUGGAAAUACAGAGGAAUCUUCUUGUCUGUGCAUCUAGCACAGCUCCAUUUGGAGGAAACGUUAUUCUCUUUUCUUGUUUUCUUUUUCUGCCACUCUGGAACCUCAGCUUCAUGUAACUGCCUGAGCCUGCUCUUGAGGCACAUCCGCUGGUUCUGGUUUUUAGCAGUGUAACAGGGCUAUCGUCCUCAGCCCCUCAUACUGAUAGCCUCUGUGAGGUGGGCUUCAGUUCUCUUCCUCAUAGUGAGUUUUAAAAUUAUCUCCCCUUGACCCAAACAAGGUAAUAUCAUGCUAAUACAACCUGCAUGCCAUGCUUUCUGUUUAAUAUUAACCUGAAAAUGCGAUUGAAAUUUCAAUUGCAAGGUUAAAAAAUAAUGCUUGCACUCCGGGGGUCAAAGAUGCAAGAAGUGAAACAGAAUUGCUCCACUUCCUCCAGAGCCUUGAAAGAAAACACAUGUUCAGUAAUCAUAUUCCAGAAGAAAACAAGUCUGAGAGACUGCUUUUCCUCUGCAUUUCCUGCCUUCGGAUUCAAUAAACUCCCUGUGAGCACUUGCCUCAAUUAGUGUGUCCCAAUACAGUUAGUUCAGGGAACCCAGCAUGAAGACAGAGACUUUUGCCUGCAGAGUGGAGGCAAGACAGGGCUCGUGCAGUGAUGUGGAGUUAGCAGAGACACAUGAACCAGCGAGUCUGGAACUCACAUCAGAACCUGAAUUAAAUAGGAAGCACCAAUUUAAAAUGCUACUUGCAGAUCUCCUGUACCUUCACCUGCUCUAAUCCAGCCUGCAGCCAGUCCAUAUACUGAAAUCAGCCUCUUGAUUUCUGUGUCACAGCUCAGUUGUUUUCUUCUAAUAUUGAUAAUUUCAAUGAAGUGGUGCAAAAUAUUUUUGGAUCACUGUUAUUUGCAUUCUUUAUUUUUGUUGCAGUAGUGAAUAACCUACUUCUUUAUGCAAAAGCAGGAUACUUCAGUAUUUAAUCCUACUCUAAUCCUCCUCUUAAUUCUAAAAUUAUACAGAACUUCUUCCACAUUCAGGACCUUUCUUUGAUGCACUGACUUAGCAUGUCAGGAACAGGAAAAGGCGGAAUGGAGCAGACUGACUUUUCUUGUUUGACCAUGGGUCUAAUUAUCUCCAAAGAUGCUGGCCUGUAAUAUGUAGCAUGCUUUACAGGCCAUGGAGGACAUCCUCUCUGACUAAAAAUGAAUAAAAUGAUAGCAGUAAUUAUUGGCAGUCUCUUCCCAGGACACACACUCAAAUUAGAAAAAAAGUAGGAAAAAAUACAGGUGUAAUUGCUCUCUGGGACUGGAGUAUUAAUAGUCUCCUUUGCCUGAGAAAGGUCGAGAACACAUCACUUGCUCCUACCCACUGCACAGUCCAGCUACCACAGAGAGCAAAGAAGUUACUUAACCUCAAAGGUCUUUGGAUGAGGAUGACUUGACACAAAGUAAUAUUGUCCCUGCCCCACCAAGAUAUUCAUGGAUAUACAUUUUAAUGCCACGUAACUGAGAGGGUCUGGAAAUACCAGAGGUCUUGCCCAAUACACUGGCCUCGAGCACUUUCACCCGAGCUGCAGCCGGGCACCUCAGGCUGCAAGCGAGAGCACCACAUUGCUGGCAGGCUACUUUUCAUCGCUCUCUCCACAGCUAGCCACCUAGGCUCGUUUGUCUCGGAUACUAAGCAUCUACUUUUUUGCUCCCCCUCUUACUUUGUAAUUUUGGACUUGCCCGUCAGUUUUUUCCAAUAGUCCUGACCAGGCAAGCUGAAGCUACUUGCUACUAAUGAGCAGCAUUCAUAACUCAUUGCAAGCAUAAUACUCUGAGUCCAAUGUCUUAUAUGUUGUUCCAGUUUCACCUGUUGUCUACAGCUAAAGUUGUCACCUAGCUGUUCUGAGAACAUGAUGUGUUUCCUAAUGUGUGAUACAUGCCUUCUUCUCUUAAUGUCUGCCUUGUAAAUACAGGCCUGUUCCCUGCUCGCAAUGUGAUAGAAGUUAUUUGUGAACUUCAUGUAGACCUGUCUUGUGCAAUUAAAAGGUGGACUUUCAAAAGAAUAGUGUGGGGAAAAAAUUAUAAAAUGGAAUCAAAUUAAAUACAAGCCAUAAAUAGUAAGCUUUCAAGGCCUGGGAUUCAAUUAUUAUUAUUUUUGGCAGCCAUUUUCUUUAAAUCCUACCCUGCAGCUAUAUAAUACUGUAGAUUUUAAAGAAGAGAUCAUAUACAGUUGCCAGUGAAGAUCUGUGUAUAUAUAGACACACAUGUGGGUGUGGGUGAAUAUACAUAUUUUAUAUAUAUAUAUAUAUAUAUAUAUAUAUAUAUACACACACACCCCUAUGCCAGUAUACAUAGCACAGGUGGGUAUAAGACUUAUGAACCAUAUAUCUUAAAUAGAUCUCAUUGGUGAUGUCUCUAAUUGUUACUUUCUGCAUUAUGGUUUGAAUACAAAUAUCAUCCUGCUCAUUUCCUUUUACAAAAUUCUUUACUUAUUCACGCAAAAAAUUGGUGUGAUGCCAAGAUUCAUCUUAGCUGGCCAUUACCUUUGUAUCCUUGGAAGAGAACUCCUGGAAUGGUCUGAAAAAUAAGCUUGACUUAGCUGUACCUGUCCCCCAGCCACACUGUGCCAAACCGCAAAACAGCUCACCAUGUAGAGGCACUAGUCAGGUGCCAGUGACUAGGAGAAAAGCUUUGACACAGCACUCUCAGCCACUCGAAACCCUCUUAAGUUUUUUUCUCUUAUUCAGAAAAAAAAGUCCUUAAAGAUGUUCCACGUGGAUCUCAAUAUGUUAACUUAUGUGUAAUGUAUGAGAAAAAGUCUGUGUCUUCUUUCUGUAUUGUAUGUUUUUCGUUGUUCCUACAUACGUAGCUGCUGUCGUUCUAGUAAUGUGGUUAUACAAUUGUUUACUGCCGAUCUUAUCAGCAAUCUUUGACCAGCCUGAAACAGAGCCAUUGCCAGGGUGUCUUUCAAUUAAUGAUUAACAUCCGCAAAGAUCUACUACAGUAAUUAGUGCUGUAUAAAGUAAUUCCAGCUAUAAUGCAAGUAAAUCCAGGUUUAAAAUAGCAGCACAUGCACACACACACGCUCACACAUAGCAGUGAGGAUGGAGAGAGUUCUUUCAAAAGCUCUGGCAUUUAUUGCAUUUCUCCUUCCCUAUUUUCAGGACAUUCACUCUUUUCAGUGUGCUUCCUCCGGUGGGGGGCAUGCACACAUGCUACCCAACUAAGGAAUCAGUAGAAGAAAGGAUGUAUUCCUUUCAGAAGAAUUAACAAAGUAUAUUUACUAUGGGAAACCUAACUAAUUUGUACUAAGACUGAAACAGCAAUAAAAGAAACCCAAGCUGCUUACAAUUGUUUUUUGUGUUCCAUGAGUAGAUAAACCCAAUACCAGUCUAAACUAAACUUUUGGGAGGAGAGUAUAAAAGGCAGCAAUGUUCACACAAUAGUAUUUUGGGGAAGUACUGGGUCUUUUCAGAAGGAAAACACACACUCACUGAGUGAUAGGGUAGCAUGCAGUUUCUAAUAGUGAUCAGGAAUAGACAGCUUUAAGGAGAAAGUGACUGUUUGGAUUUCAAGUAAAAAGUGAUGAUAUUACCAUCCAUAUGGAAAUUUGUAAACAUAGAUUAAAAUCAAUAGUUUUAAAGGAGAGAAAGAAUAUUAAAAUUUGGAGAGAAAUCUUACGAAAAGCAAACAAAAUCCCAUUAUCCUUUUUGUAUAAACCUUACAGCUCUUCCUAUUUCUUCCUGCCACAGAUCCCUCCUAGUAUGGUAACUGAUUCCAUCAGCACUUUACUAGUGAAAUCAAAGGUUUUGCUUGCAUUUACAGCAAAAAUGAGAGCAGGUAUGAACCCAGUGCUGCAGGAAGGCUAACUUGUUUUUAAAGAGUAAAACACCAUGCUGCUAGCAACUGGGUUUAUUGUCUUCCCAGUGUUUUAGGCUUUGAUCCUGUAAGCUGUUACAUGAAAGUAGUGAUGUGUAUGGAAGCUGAUUCCUGUUUAAAUCCUGUUAAAUCAGUGGAUCUGCAGGAUCGGGAUCUUAGCUUUCUCAUACUAAAAAUGAAUAUUUUAUGUACUUGAUCGUGUAUACUGUCAAGUUGGAAUUUAUGAGGUGAGAGCAAUGUGUUCAUUUAGUCCUUUUUUUUCUCUUUUGCAUGAAUAAUUUUAGCCUGGCAUUUCCCUGUGAAGGCAACAUGUUUCCCAACCAGUAAUCGAGCUUGUAAUAGCAUCUCAUCUUGCAAGCUUAAUGAAUCAACUGAUAACUUUUUUAGCCAUUUUAUAAAAUAUGUUGUAUUACAAUUAAAAAAAUCCCCAGAAGUGCUGCAUUGCCCUCAGCUGCAUGACAUUGCAACCACUAAAUUGUAUCCUGUACUUGGCCUCAAAUGUAUGUAACAAUUAGGUGUAUCUAAGCAGAUUUUUUUAGGUUGGCAGUUUCCUUUGCUGCGUAAUAAGUAUGUGCAAAAAAUCAGGCAUCAAGCACUAGGUAUUGAAAGUAGAGCUCUUUGCCUCACUGUAAUUUAUCAGCAUUGUCAAGGUACUGAUUUUUUUAAAAGCUAGUUAGCAUCUUCUAACGCUAAGCAACAGAAGGAAAACAAGUUUUCUUUCCUAGUUUUUUGUGAGCUAUUUUCUCCUCCCAGUUUCUCCCACUAAACUUCCACUGAAAUUGCUAGCUGAUCUGAGCCAACUGGGAGCGGAAUUUGGCGAACUGUCUUUAGCAUCCAAAGGCACAGGUGUGUUAGCGUGCGUAUGUUGGCAAGGAAAAUCCUAGACAUUUUCUGUUUCUUAAUGUGAGAAAACAUGUACAUAUUGUGUAUACAGUAAUGAGAUAUUUUGAAGUCAAAUCCCCAUUUAUACAUACAUUCACUUUCAGAUAUUCUAAUCUGCAACAAGAUCUUGGCAAUGGUCCUGACCUUUCUGUUUUUUGAUUUGUUUGCUUCUUUUACUGCUGUGUGAUCUCCUGGUAAUGCGGGUUACAGUCAUCACUAUUGUAUAUAUGUGCUUGCAUGUGUGUGCAUUGAUAAAUUCUCCCUUUCGGAUUUCUGAAUUUUCCAUUUCAAGUCCAGCCGGUACAAUUGUGAACUCAUCUUUCUAGUAUGCUCCUCCAUGUCAGAUUGCCAGAUACCAAGAUGUUUGACCAAGUGUUUCAAUUAAGUCCCCUGAGGAAAGCUGUCUGUAUACUCGUGAAAGGGCAUGCUCUGUGUAGGAUGACUGUGUACAGUAUAAAUCUAUAAAAUGUGGAAGUGUUUAUAAAUUUAUCUGCCAAAUAUUUAUCAUCCAUGUAACAAAUGCAAAGUUAUUUAGUGUACAUCAGAUUAAUAAAGGGGCAUUUUUUGCUCCAUUAUAUUCAAAUAAAGAGUUGUUCUCUGCAAUGAAUACA